AUGAGCUCCCUACCUAAGAUCUUCUCCGGAAGAGACACCCAGUCCUAUGCCGCCAUCGCCUCUCUAGCGGUCGUCAGUCUCUACGGCCUAUACCUAUGGCUCCUCCCAAAACCCCUCCCCGGCAUCCCUUACAACUCCAAAGCGGCGAGACGACUCCUAGGCGACGCCCCCGACAUGAUGCGAUCCGUAGCCCAAACCAGGGAAGUGAUGCGCUGGUUCGCCGAGCAGACGCAAAAGCUUGACGCCCCGCUCUGCCAGGUGUUCAUCCGCCCCUUCUCCAAGCCCUGGGUGCUGCUCGCCGACUACCGCGAAGCCCAGGACGUGCUCCUGCGGCGCACGCGCGAGUUCGACCGGUCCAGCUUCACCGCCGACCUGAUGGCGCCCGCCGGCUACUUCCACAUCCGCUACAAGACGGACCGCAAGUGGAAGGCCGCCCGCCGGUGGCUGCAGGACCUGAUGACGCCCGGCUUUCUGCACACCGUGGCGGCGCCGGCCAUCUACGAGAAGACCCUCGACCUGGUGCAGCUCUGGAAAGUCAAGAACCGGCUGGCGGACGGUAGGCCCUUCGCGGCGGAUCUGGACAUGCACUGCGCCUCGCUCGACGCCGUCAUGGCUUUCACUUUCGGGGACCGCAUACGGUACUCGGCUAUCGCUCCGCAGGUGGACAUCCUGGAACAUCUCGAAAAGACGGACGUGGGCGGCGUGAGCGCCGACAGGGACGAGCCCGUUAGGUUCCCGAAGGCCGACCUGCACGAGUUUAUUGUGGCGGCUACCGAGGGGACUGUCAUUCUCGAGAAGAUCAUCAACUCCCCGACGCCCAAAUGGACGCACUGGUGGAUGAGCCUGUCGCCUUGGUAUCGGAACAUCUUCGCCGUCAAGGACCGCUUCAUCCGGGAACAAGUCAACCUCGCCGUCGAGAGGUUCCGGCACUUGGAGAAGAACAACACCGAUAUUGAUGAGGAUGCUGCUACUCGGUCGGCCGUUGAUCACAUUCUGCUCCGCGAGCGAGCCCUGGCGCAGAAGCAGGAACGAGACCCCGACUUCAGUAGCCAACAGUUGAUAGACGAGAUCUUUGGCAACAUCGUAGCCGGCCACGACACCACCAGCUCCGCCCUAGCAUGGGUCCUGAAAUUCCUCACCGACAACCCCGCCACCCAAACCAAGCUCCGCGCCGGCCUGCGUUCAGCCCACGCCGACGCCGCCGCCGCGGGCCGCGUGCCGACUCUCGCAGAGCUGAUCCGCAACAAAGUACCCUACCUGGACGCCGUCUGGGAGGAGGCCCUCCGUCUCAGCGCCGUCAGCGUCACGCGCGAGGCGACCUGCGACACCACGCUGCUCGGCCACCACAUCCCCAAGGGCACCGUCGUCUUCCUCCUCUCCAACGGGCCGAGCUUCUACGGCCCUUCCCUCCCGAUUGACGAGGACAAGCGCAGUCCUUCGUCCCGCGCUGCCGUCCCGAGGCGGUGGGAUGAGCGUGGGGACGUUGGCAUGCAGGCUUUCCACCCCGAGCGGUGGCUCGCGACGGAUGAGAAGGGCGGUGUCGAGUUUGAUGCCACGGCGGGCCCGCAGUUGGUGUUUGGGCUGGGUCCCCGCGGUUGCUUCGGGAAGAGGUUGGCGUAUUUGGAGGCCAGGGUCAUUACCACCAUGUUGAUUUGGAGCUUUGAGCUUUUGCCUGUUCCGGAGGCCCUGGGCGGUGAUGAGGCUACCGAUGGCGUUACUCACAGAGCCCGAAACUGUUAUGUGAGGCUUAGGAGUACUGAGUAG